CUGGGAGCGGGGCAUUGAUGCCAUGUUUGUGGGGGACCCUUCUCUGUCCCUUUGUGUGCUCAGCACCAUGCUGGGUGGGGCUGCAGAGGCGAGGGCGUCUGGCCCCGAUGUUUGGUCAUUGCUGGAGGGGGUGGCCUGGGCUGGGUCCCUAAGUCAAGAGAGGGGUGACAGGCUCUUUUGGACAAAGAGGGAGAGCCCCAGGUUGGAGGAACUGUGCCUCUUGGCUGCCAGUGCUUCCCAGGGGAGGGAGAGUCCAGGAGGCGCUGAGCCAGAGUUGCCUGGGGGCAUGGGGAUCACAGUGUACCCCACUGUGGCAUUGGGCCCCCAGCUUGAAAUUCUGGGUCCCUGCCAUGGAUGGGAGGGGCCAGCCUGGCCAGGUGUUCUCCCUCCCUAGGCCCCAGGCAGGCGGCUGUGCUGGCCCGCCCUCCUUCCUACCCCCUCGCCUAAGCGUGGCAGAUAGGCAGGUCUGGGCCGGCGGGCUGCUGAGUCAGUUUGCAAGGAAUGUUCUGGCCGCUCCCAGCUACACCCUGCCCCUGCCUGCCCCCACCUCGCCCUCCUCCCCAGGUGCUGCUCGCCCCGGCCCGCCCGUGCCAGGAACGCACCUUCAUGCCGAGCUUGCUUAGACCAGCUCCCAUCGGCAGCCAACCCCACUCCUCACCCUGCUGCUCCCCCCAUGACCCCAGCAGGUCCCUGAUGCCUCUGAGCCCCCGUCAUCGUGCUCCCAGGUUACUCAUGGUUCGGGGGUCACAUGUGUGAACAUGGCCCACCUGUGUGGUGGGCAAACCACGGUGGGCCUGAGGCCAAGGCAGAGAUGAGAUGGGACCCCAACAACGACCAACAGGCAGGGCCCUGGGCCAGGGGAAUGAGGGGGUUUCCUGAAGGAGAAGGCCCUGCAGUGAGGGCGGAAGGCUCUGCAGGGAGGACCAGCGAGGGCAGGGCCCAGGCUGCCCAGGCCUGGCGUGCUUGGCUAGGGCUGGGGGCUGGGGAGGUGGCCAGGAGGCCGGGCCUGUGGCGGCUGAGCCGGCACUUUGGCCAAAGCCCAGGGCCUCCCUCUCCUGGGCUCCACUCAGAACCAUCACCCCUGGCCACCCCAGGCUGCCUCCUGGCCCAGGCAAACCCAAGCUGGCUGCUGCUGGGCUGAUGGAGCGGUGGACAGGGGACCCGAGGGGCUAUCCCCACAGGUGACCCGGCUGCCCCGGCUGUCUCCCAUCUCCUCCAAGCCAGCAGGGUGGGAAAAUGGGGCGCCCCACAGACCCCGACAGCACACCAGCCCCAGUGGGCACCACAGCUGAAGCUGGGCUCAUACCAGACCUCAUGGCCAGGAUCCCCUGGCCCCGCUGGGCACUCAUCACCGUUGCUGCCGCCGCCGGUGUCCUCGUGGUUUCCUGCCUCCUCUGUGUUCUCUGCUGUUGCUGCCGCCGACACCGCAGGAAGAAGCCCAGGGACAAGGUGGCCGUGGGCCUGGGCAGUGCCCGCAGCAGCACCACCACCCACCUGGUGCAGCCGGAGGUGGGUAAUGUGGAGCCCCCACCCCAGCAGUGGGGGCGCCUGCAGCUAUCCCUGCAGUACGACUCAGGAAGCCAGCAGAUCAGGGUGGGCCUCAAGCAGGCAGUGGACCUGAGGGCCAGGGGCCCGGGGGACACAGCAGACCCCUACGCCUCCGUCAGCCUCUCCACCCAGCCCAGGCACAGACAUGAGACAAAGGCACACCGUGGCACACUCAAUCCCGUGUUUGAUGAGACCUGCUGCUUCCAUGUCCCGCCAGCAGAGCUGCCCCAGACCACCCUGCAGGUGCGGCUUCUCGACUCCAGGUGCUUCUCCCAGCAUGAGCCCCUGGGCGAGCUCAGUCUGCCACUGGGUGCCAUUGACCUGCGGCACGUCCUGGAGCUCUGGCACCAGCUGGGCCCCCCGGGCACCACCGAGGCUGAGCAGACCGGGGAGCUGUGCUUCUCGCUCCAGUACGUGCCUGGCUCAGGCCGGCUGACCGUGGUUGUGCUGGAGGCCCGAGGCCUGAGCUCAGGGCUGGCAGAGCCCUACGUGAAGGUCCAGCUCAUGUUGAACCAGAGGAAAUGGAAGAGGAGAAAGACAUCUGCCAGGAAGAGCACGGCCAGCCCCUACUUCAAUGAGGCCUUCACUUUCCUCGUGCCCUUCAGCCAGAUCCAGAGUGUGGAUCUGGUGCUGGCAGUCUGGGCCCGGGGCCUGCGGCUCCGGGCCGAGCCGGUGGGUAAGCUGGUGCUUGGCGCCCGGGCCUCUGGUCAGCCCCUGCAGCACUGGGCAGACAUGCUGGCCCAUGCCCGGCGGCCCGUCACCCAGUGGCACCGCCUGCGGCCCCCCAGGGAGGUGGACCGGGCCUUGGCCCUGCAGCCCCGCCUGCAUCUGCCCUUACCUGGCUCCUGAAAGCGUCUCUGUGCCUCAAUCUCCCUGGACUGGGCUGGGGGUACCCGUCCAGGCCCCUCUGUGGGGCCCACGGCAAUAAAUUCCUCCUCCUACCACC